GUUCGAAGACGCAGGACGGGUAUAGGUAGGACAAUAAGCCAAAUAGUAUGGAAGGAUCAUGGAAUGAUUGAGGACGGCAAUGUGAAGGUAAGUCCGGAGAGCACUCUCGCUUAACUGGAAUUUUGGGGAGACAACCGACUCGCCGACAACCAGCGUCAUUCAUCGUCGCUCCAGGUCGAUCUGCUCCAGGCCACAACCAGGCACAACUGCGCCCUAAAUUGAUUGCCCCGCGAAGCAUUUUCGUUUGCAGUGAAACACAAUCACAUUCUCCCAAUAGAGGCCUUCAAAAUUUGGAAAUGGCAGACGACGAACUAGCACAGAUUCGAGCAGCGCGUCUAGCCCAGCUCAAACAGCAACAGGGCCGUGGAGGGUCAGGCGACACAGGCGGAGACGACGAGGAACAGAGGAGAAAACAAGAAGCCGAAGCGCGAUCCUCCAUAUUGACGCAAAUCCUCGAACCUGAAGCCGCCGACCGCUUGGGCAGAAUCCGCAUGGUCAAAGAAUCACGAGCGACCGACGUCGAGAACAGACUCAUCAUGCUGGCUAGGUCAGGCCAGUUGCGGGCAAAAGUCACCGAAGACCAGCUCAAGGAAAUGCUGGCAAGUCUCUCGGAGCACGAAAAACAAUCUGGCCAAACGCUGGAGAGUGUGAAAGUGGUGCGAAGAGGUGGAUGGGAUGAAGAUGACCUUGACGAUUUACUCAACGAGUCUUGACACGACACAGCACUGGCAUGAGACGCUAGUCUAUCUUGCGCAACAUCUUGUUUGUCUCUGCAUCAUCAUAUCUGGGCAUCUAUCAGAGAGAUGUGUCAAAACCCAUGCACCCGUAGUGGUGAAAGGGCGUGGGGAGACAUGAGUUUGGAGGCUUUAUUCCAUGAUCGAGAGCGUGGUUUUCGAGAGUUUGUUCCUCAUCUAUGCUAGUCCAUUUCUCGAUAUGGUCUGCUCGAUUCUGCUGGGCCACAGACGAUCUCGCAGAGUUACUCUUGGAUUUGGAGGCUGCCAUCGUGGUUUUGGCCGAUAUUUGGGAACAUUGUGAGGAGCGGCGGAGCGGGAAAGGGAAGUGUAAGACCUCGCAGCACCAGUCAAAACUCUCCACAUAUCGGUACCUGCCUAAGGUGUACUUUGACGUACAGAUGAUCACCAUAUGUGCUAAGUCAGAGGACCUAGGGCUCUCAACAGCAGAUCAUAACCUCAAAAUGUCUGUCCCCACGUUAAACUGCAUGCCUCAUCGUGUGUCAGCCAAUAAAGAUACGAUGUAUCUCGACUCUCAUGCGGAGAUGUCGAGGAUACACUUGGAUAGCGCUUGACAGCUGUUUCCGACCCAAUCGCUAAAGGUUGAAUUUGGAGAUGAUGCAUUUGAUCCCAAGCGAUCGACAUCGUCAGGCGAGGGGUGCUGAGUACAAGGAAGCGUACGUUGUGGACAGCAUGGCCAGAAUGGUUAUACGAUACAAAGGGUGAUCUGCAGACCUGCCAUCCGCAAGGGCCUCAGCAACAUCGCAGUGACUGGGGGUUGAGCAGUCGUUGGGUGCGCUGACUUGACUUGGCAUGAUGAGGUGCUGAGGCCAUGAUAGCGACGGAUUCGGAGGUUAGAACUCGGGUGGUACCAUGUCUGAAUAUGCAUACAGCAGGUGCCCUGUGAACUCGUCGCACCACCAUUUAUGGCUGCCCAGGCGCGGAGUUCCGGACGUGCAUGUCUAGAGCAUGUGCACGAAGACAACGAGGUAGUGUGACCUCUUGGACGAGAAGCGAUCGAGUGACCCGGUCCCGCGGGCGAAGUGAACUUCUUGGGUGCUAUCAAAGUAAAUUGGUUGUCUCAGACAUGUAGUGUCGGGCUAACAUUUGGCCCCUUUGGUGGCUUCCAAGCCUCGUUCCAUGGACACACAUGCCAGGAGUUAGUGUCUCUUCAGGAGCACAUUUCAAAGAGCAUAACGAUCUCCUCUGGCGGUGGAAGCGUGGGGCUGUGACCACGGUGUUCCUUAUGAUAUGAAUCGUGGAAGACUGCAGUCGACCAGAAGUCAAGAUGAAGUGUU